CAACUUACUCACCAAGCAAGCAAAUUUUCGAAGUUCAGUUGCGAUGUGGCGAUCGCGCAAACUGGUUGAUGGCAGAGCUUAAGCUUAUUUCGACAAAAGUAAAUGUAAAUAAAUAUUUAUGUAUUUAUAUGUAUAUUAAAUAUAUACAUAAUAAUAUGCUAAAUAUAUUGCAUUUACCGCAAGUGCUUGUCGGCGAACUAAAUUGAAUAGCAGUUAGUUGAGAGCGGUGCACGCGCGAUCACAGCCUCAGUUCAACAACACAAAACGCCAUUCAACAGACUCACGAUUAAAAAGCUGUCAACUUUAAUACGAAUACUAACUAAAUAAGUAGCUGACAGAGUUGUUAUUGUCGUGUCAUAGCUACAUAUUAAGUUUGUUGACAUUUUUACGCGUUUGUUUCCUCGCAGUGUCUUCGUAUGGCCGGGAUGUGCUAAUUCGCGAGUACGUUCAAAUAUUAUGAAAGAGUGAAAAUUGAAGUGGAAGUACUGAGGUUAAUCUUCAAUUGUGUUAUUCUUUUUAUUACUGGUUCGUCUACGAGCUUAGAUGAGCAGGGCAACGGUUAAAUUUAAUAAUUUAUACGCUAGUCGUGUCGUACUGCGCUUAGCAGUGCUGGCUGCUGUUGUUGUUUUAGUGAUACUUGCUACAAAUGUUCCUUCCGCUAGCAGCGCGCCACUUGCCACCACAUUGCGUGAUGUGUGCGGUCAUACGCUACGCCGGCCAAGCAGCUUCUUUGCUCGCCACUUUGAUUCGACUUUCCUGAAACAUUUCUUCAAACAUUUGAUACCAUUUACCAGUACGAUGCGCGUCAAAAUGCAAUUCUUUCUAUAUAAACGUGAUUUUGCCGAGUGUGGACGUGAAAUUAUUACAGAUGAUCAUAAUACUUUGGACAUGUCCGAGUUCAAUCCGGAGCAUCCAACGAGAAUAAUCAUUCACGGUUGGAUGAGUCAGAGUAAGGGCGCCUUGAAUCGUGCCGUCAAAAACGCUUAUCUCAGUCUAGUCAAACGCGUGCCACCAUCAGCUGCCAACGACCCCGAUAAUAGCCGCUUCACUGAUGCGUCAGAUAGCGGCAUCGUCACCGACAGUCCACCACUUAGCAAUGACUUUGAAAACAAUAUCGACAGCAGCUAUCCAAGUGACCUCAACACCAAUGCCACCAACACUCCAAGCGACGACUUCAAUGUCAUCGUCUGCGAUUGGAGUUUGAUAUCGUCGAAUGUCAAUUAUUUUGGCGUUGUCGAAAUGGUUGAGGAUCUUGGUCGUUUACUCGCAGAUUUCGUGCACUUCCUGCACCUGAGGACGGGCCUGCACUAUCACGAUGUCUACUUGAUCGGCCACUCGUUGGGCGCGCAAAUUGCCGGAAGCGCUGGCAAGCAAGUGCAACCAUUUCGCUUUAACACCAUUUAUGCGCUCGAUCCUGCUGGGCCGAAAUUUCGCGAUCUAACCGACGAGUAUCGCAUCGAUCCCACCGAUGCUGAGUAUGUUGAAUCCAUACAGACAAGCAGUAGUUUGGGCUUCGAGGAGCCAGUCGGUCAUGCGACUUUCUAUCCCAAUUAUGGACGCGAUCAGAAGAAGUGCUACAUCUAUGGCUGUUCCCAUAGGCGUGCCUAUCACUAUUUUGCCGAAUCGAUUACCAGCAAAUUGGGUUUUUGGGGCACACUUUGUCGUCGCGAAUCGGAGGAUGUUUGGAUAAUUUCGGAAUCGGGUGCAGAGUUUCGCAUGGGUGGUGAACCUUCGACACCGAAGCGGGGCACAUUCUAUGUGAAGACUGCAGAUCGACCGCCAUAUGCGUUGGGUCGCAAUGUACAGCCGCUUAGGUUGGUCACACCGAUGAUAGAUGAUGCGGCAGAUGGAAGUGUCGAAAUGAAGUUGACAUUAAAUGAGUUUUGAUGUUCUUUUUUUUUUGAGUCGUUGAUGCAAAUUAUUUAUUUUUUUU